AUGGAGUUCUUAUUUAGCAAGAUUCUGACCCCGAGCGAUGUUGGUAAGCUGAACCGCCUACUGAUACCAAGGCAAUUUGCGGAGAAGUACUUCCCCAAAAUGUCCAAGACCAAGAGUGAUGGGAAUGAUCCUAUCCUCACCUUUGAGGACUGCUCCACAAGAUUUAUUUGGCACUUCCGCUUUAGCCUCUGGCGCAGUAGCACCACCUAUGUCCUAACCAAGGGCUGGCCUGCCUUUGUCAAGGAGAAGAAUCUCAACAAUGGUGACAUGGUGUCCUUCUACCAUAGUGUCCGUAAGUCUAUAGGCUCACACUACUUCUACAUUCAUAUCAAGCCCCAAGGUGGUAUCCCCUCUGUGCCACAUCGCAACACAGUUCCAAUGUUCACUCCAUCUAGCUUGUUGAAUGAUGAAUGGGUACGUGAGGGCCUUGGCUUCGGCAGUGGCUACAGAUUUGAGCCAACCUGGAAGCCUCUGUCUUUUGGAUCUAGAGGGUUAGAACCUCCAAUGACCCUGAUGUCGCAGCCAAAUAUUUCUCCAAUGUCAUUUGGCAAUUGCAUGGGAAAGGCUGGAAAGCGUUUGCGCCUGUUUGGGAUCGACAUCGAUGUCUCUCCUUGUGCUAAUGGUGAUGACUUUGGCAAUGAGCGGUCCAAUGAUGUUGCUUGA